GGAUUCCACCCCCCCCCCCGACGCGACUGAGCCCCGCCCCGCCCGUCCCACGUGAUUCGCCGCCGGAGCGCCGCGCCGGUUCCGGGCUCGCGGGGAGAUAGCGGUGGUGGUGGCCGGCGUAGUGACAUCAACCACGGCGGUGCUAAUAAUAAUACUACACUACUCAGCAUUAGCAUCAUCAUAAUCGUGAAGGAUAAGGAUGGUUAUAGCAGGGGCAGCGAGACAACCACUUUGUGUGGUGAUGACGGUACGCUGCCCCACGUUGAUAAGAACAAUUUUGUGUUAAUAGCUACGACUGUUUUGAUUCAAAGCUUUCGUGACUGCAGGGAUUCAUAUUCUUGGUUCUAUUGUGAGAAUUUUAUUGUUUUAUAUUUUUAUUAUUUUAUUGUUUCCCUUCUACAUGACUUUACCGAAAGAACCAAGAAUAUAGCUACAGCUGUGUUCAAAACAACAGCAGCGCCGACGACUCACGACUGACGAUACGGACAACAGCGACAACUGCAUAUGUACUAGUUACACAAUCUUCAGCAACAACAGCAACUGGAUAUGGUGACAGCAUCGUCAGCACCAACAGCAACUGGAUCAGCACGGUUGGCCACUACGUACGGCGCGAAAGAAGUUCCACGUACAUAUGGCCACGAUGACUCCCCCCAACGUGAACGACAGCAGCUGGAUGCAGUAACGCCGGCGCCUUCAGCAACAACAACAACGUCAACAACGUCAACAACAUUUAGCGGUAGCAAUUAGUCAUUAAGUCGGCCACAUUUGGCGAAUUGUAAUCACGAGGGCCCUCCCCCCCCCCCACUCGCGCCAAGGUGGUCGAGACCCACGCGGACAGCGAUCGUCCCACAGCAGUAACACAACCCACCGACUCGAUUCCGUGCCGAAGUUGAUGGUUACGGGCGACAAUGCACGUGGCGAGAGCCGACGAGGUGACCCCUCUGCUCCAGGCGCAGCCGCCGAGCCAGCCCUGGCAGGAGGUGGAAACCGAGAAGCUGUGGCGUCUGGGUUUGAAUCGGGAGCAGGGUCAGCAGUCGGGUCACGGCCAGGGUCAAAGUUGGAGCCACGGCCAGGGUCAGAAUUGGAGCCACGGCCAGGCUCGGGGAGACUUCUCUCGGAGACCUGGUCAUGGACAGGGUGAAGGUUCGAACCCAGGUGACCUGGGUCGAGAUCCCAUCUGCGACUCGGUCACUUCGGGCCUCCGGUCCGUGGGGUUGGUGAACGACGCCAACGGUGGCGGCGUGAAUGACGAGGCGGAGGUGGCGGUCACGCCAGGACGCGCGUAUCGGCGCCGCUGGGCCGUGUUGGCCGCCUUCUGUUGCCUCUCGUUCCUGCAGGGCCAGGUGUGGAACACCUGGGGGCCCGUGGCCGAGUCGGCACGGCUCGUGUUCGGCUGGGGCCCUGGCGACGUGGCCCUGCUGGUGGUGUGGGGCCCCGUGGGGUUCAUCCUCUGCCCGCUGUCUGUGCUGCUCCUGGACAAGCGAGGCCUGCGCAGCUCGCUGCUGGCCACGUCGCUGGUGGUGGUUCUGGGCUGCUCGCUCCGAGUGAUCCCCACGGCCGACAGCGCCACCAGGAAAUGGCUUAUCCAAGUGGGGCAGCUGCUGAACGGCAUUGCCGGAACGACGACCAUGGCGGCGCCGCCUUACCUCUCGGCCGCGUGGUUCCCGGCCAAGCAGCGGACCACGGCCACAGCCAUCGCCUCGCUCAUCGGAUACCUGGGUGCUGCCUCCGCCUUCCUGCUGGGCCCCGCCGUCGUGCCGGCACCAGGGCCCAAGCCGGGGCCCGCGGAAUUGCAGCUCAUCACCAAGCGCAUUGACAUAAUGCUCUAUGCGCAGGCGGCCUACGCCGGACUGCUGCUGGUGAUCAUCCUGCUCUUCCUGCCGGCGCUGCCCCCGCGCCCGCCCAGCCUCUCCGCCGCCGCCACGCGCCUGCCGUACCGCGCCGCCUUGCGCAAGCUCGCCAGGAGCCGCCGCUUCUGGCUCAUCGCCCUGGCCUACGGCGUUGCUUCGGGCGUCGUGGGCGGGUGGAGCGGAGUCCUCGACGUCAUCCUGAGCCCCAACGGCGUCUCGCAGGCAAAGGCCGGCUGGGUUGGUUUUUCCUGCACCACGGUUGGAAGUAUCGCCGGCAUCAUCAUAUCCAGGUUCGCUGACUACUUUGCGGGCCAGCUGAAGGCGAUGCUGAUGGUGAUCUACACGGCCGCCACCCUCGCCGCCGUCUGGUUCACGCUCAUGUCCUACGGCAACAUUCCCUUCCUGCCGUUUGACACAGGCAGCCUGUACGCGUGCACGCUGCUGCUGGGUGUGACCACCAACAGCAGCAUCCCGCUGUUCUUCGAGCUCUUCGUGGAGACCACCUACCCCGUGCCCGAGGGCAUCACUUGCGGCAUCGUCACCUUCCUCAGCAACCUCUUUGCGGGGCUCCUGCUGGCCUUCCUCAUGGUUUACCCCGAAGACGUGCUGUGGUUGAACUGGGUGCUCGUGUUCUCGUGUGUCCUGACCGUGUUCCUCGUGCUGCUCUACCGCGAGGGAUACAACCGCCUAAAGCUCGAAGCUGUCGCGAGCUCGUGAGCCGGGGCAAGUUGGCUCCGGCCGCACCGCUCAUCACAGCUCACCACAGCUCACCACCGCUCGCCACCGCUCACCACCGCUCGCCACCGCUCACCACCACUAAAACCGCGAUGCACUCAGAGCAAUAGUUGCCACGAAAUCUUACGGUUUAAAAAAAUAAUAAUGCGGUUUUCCAAAUCUGGACCAAUCUAAUUACUGCUGUUAUCCGUCGUGGGCAACUGAGAUGGCAAUUUCCAAUACGAUCGCAGUUGGAGGUCACAUGACUACUCGAAGUUGUGCGCCCAGCACUGCUGGUUAGAAAGCACAAGUUUUCAACAACAAACUCUCCUUUAUAUGAAUUACUGCAGUCACGAAAGCUUUAAAUCAAAAUUUAAACUCUCCUUUAAUUGGACAGACGUAACCCCCAUCACUCUACGACAGUGCCGCACCAAGUUGCCAUGACUGCUCAUGACUAAAACACCUCGUCUGUGAUGAUUUUUUGGCGACCAUUUUCCUGGAUGUUGCGCGGAUGUUGCCUGGAUGUUGCCCUCGUGCAUCAAGACCUUCAGCGGGGCUAUCAGCCCGGCGAUACGGAACUUCCAACGUUGUAGAACGACCCUACGGGCGACCGCACGAGGAGGCACGCGCGCCUGCUCAAAUUCACGCAAACGCCCUCGCAGGAACCGGGAUCCCGUGGCCCGUCUGUUUUUAACGAGUUUUGUUAACCGCGCGUCGCAUGAGAUAAACGACGCGCAAAAACGGCACGGAAAUCUUCCUGAUGCGACUCGCCGAUUGAAGGGGCGGCGUCGACCACUGUAGCUGGGAAGCGCUGCUGUCACGUUCGCAGGGUUCGUUUCCCCCCGACUAGUGAAACACGUGCAAUAAUUUUAAGAGAUACCUUUUUUUAUUUUUCCAAAAAUAUAUAUUGAGAAAAUGCAUGUUUUGUUUUAAUCCGGGUGAUUUUAAAAGGACUUCUGUGUUUCCGUAGCGGGCUGAUUCGUGUUCCCACCGUGCUCACUUGAUUCCUGGCGUUUGACCCCCCGUGACGGUUGUUGUUUACUGGGGACGAACCUUGCAGCUGUAAUGGGGGGUUCACCUACCCUCCUCCUCCUCCUCACCCACGUGCACUUGGUCUCACCCAAGCCGGCCAGCGUGCACACUUGGGAGAUACCAUUACGGGUUGUGGGGGGGGGCGGGGAGAUGCAAGAAUUUUGGAACCAUAGCUCGAUCUCGUGACGAGUUUAUGUCUACGUAUGUUGAACUUCUUUCGCAACGUGUUGUCGUGAUUUUUAAAUGUGUAUACAACUUUAAAGGACUUUAUUUGCCAGUGAUUGACCACAGACUGGGAACUAUUUUACCAGUAUUUUCUCAAACACUGCCUUAAAACGUGUAAUGUGUAACAAUCAUACGUUUUGGGUGAGAGCAUAUUGUUUUAGUCUUUUAAGCACUGAACACAUUUGUGCGGUACGUGCCACUUUAGCCGACUUAACCGUUGCACUGACCCUCCGGAAGAGGUUUUCAUCAUUUUUUUCCGGGAAUUAUGUUUCCAGAUGGCAAACUUUUUGCCGUAAAAGUGUACUUUGGAUCCAAUGACCACACCGAAAAUCGUGUUGUUGCUGAUCGUUUUUAAAUACUGUGCACAUAUUACAUUUCUCACGUGACGGCAAAAACAAAUAAACACUUUUGUUCUGCCGAG